UUAGGAUGCGCUUUUGGGAUAUUGCUUUAUGUAAAAAACUAUCUUCAUAUUAACUCAGAAAAAUAAGAAGACGCAUUUAGCGUUUAUGUAAUGAAACAGCAUAUUAUUGAACUUGCCUUAGAAUCUGCCUUUGAGCUAUUGCUUCAUGUGAAAGAUACUCUUUAAAUUAUUUGGACAAGACUGUUCUAUAAAAGCAAACUCAAAUAUGCAUAAAACAUUGUGCACUGAGGAGAAACCAUAUGCUUGUCGUUAUUGUAAAAAAACAUUUUUUCGAAAUUCAGAAUUAAAAACUCACUUGAGAAUACACACGAAUAAGAAACCAUAUUCUUGUGAGUAUUGUAAAAAGACAUUUUCUCAGGUUUCCGGUUUGAAAUUACAUUUAGGGGUACAUACUAAUGAAAAACCAUAUUCUUGUGCACAUUGUAAAAAGACGUUUUCUCAGGGUUCUAGUUUGAAAAGACAUUUGAGGACUCACACAAAGGAAAAACCAUAUUCUUGUAAGUAUUGUAUAAGAACAUUUUCUGUUAGUUCAAAUUUGAAAACACAUUUACGGACACACACUAAUGAAAAACCAUACUCUUGUGAGUAUUGUAAAAAGACGUUUUCUCAGUUUUCCGGUUUGAAAUUACAUUUGAGGGUACACACUAAUGAAAAACCAUAUUCUUGUGAGUAUUGUAAAAAGACAUUUUCUGUUAGUUCAAGUUUAAAAACACAUUUGAGGAUACACACUAAUGAAAAACCAUAUUCUUGUGAGUAUUGUAAAAGGGCAUUUUCUCAGAUGGGAAAUUUGAAAACACAUUUGAGGAGACACACUAAUGAAAAACCAUAUUCUUGUGAGCAUUGUAAAAAGCCAUUUUCUGAUAGUUCAGCUUUGAAAAUGCAUUUGAGGACUCACACAAAGGAAAAACCCUAUUCUUGUGAGCAUUGUAAAAAGAAAUUUUCUGUUAAUUCAAGUUUAAAAGUACAUUUGAGGACACACACUAAUGAAAAACCAUAUUCUUGUGAGUAUUGUAAAAAGACAUUUUCUCAGUUUGUUCAUUUAAAAAUUCAUUUGAGGGUACACACUAAUGAAAAACCCUAUUCUUGUGAGCAUUGUAAAAAGAAAUUUUCUGUUAGUUCAAGUUUAAAAGUGCAUUUGAGGACACACACUAAUGAAAAACCAUAUUCUUGUGAGUAUUGUCAGAAGACAUUUUCCUUUAGUUCAAAUUUGAAAACACAUUUAAGGACACACACAAAUGAAAAACCAUAUACUUGUGAGUAUUGUAAAAAGGCAUUUUCUAAUACUUCAAGUUUGAAAUCACAUUUGAGGAUACACACUAAUGAAAAACCGUAUUCUUGUGAAUAUUGUAAAAAGACAUUUUCUCAUAGUUUUUCUUUCAAAAAGCAUUUGAUGAUGCACACUAAUGAAAAACCAUAUUCUUGUUAUCAUUGUAAAAAGGCAUUUUCUGUUAGUUCGGUUUUGAAAGCACAUAUGAGGAUACACACUAAUGAAAAACCAUAUUCCUGUGAAUAUUGUAAAAAGACAUUUUCUUUUAAUUCAAAUUUGAAAUCUCAUUUGAGGACACACACGAAUGAGAAACCAUAUUCUUGUAAUCAGUGUAAUAAGACAUUCUCUCAGAGUUCCAGUUUAAAAUCACAUUUGAGGGUGCACACUAAUGAAAAACCAUACUCCUGUGAGUAUUGUGAAAAGAAAUUUUCUUUUAAUUCAGAUUUUAAAAAACAUUUGAGAAUACACACUAAUGAAAAACCAUAUUCUUGUCAGUAUUGUAAAAUGGCAUUUUCUGAAAGUUCUACUUUGAAAAAGCAUUUGAGGACACACACAAAUGAAAAACCAUAUUCCUGUGAGUAUUGUAAAAAGACAUUUUCUCAGGUGGCAAAUAUGAAAAUGCAUUUGAGGAUACACACUAAUGAGAAACCAUAUUCUUGUGGUCAGUGUAACAAGACAUUCUCUCAGAGUUCACAUUUAAAAAUUCAUUUGAGGACUCACACAAAGGAAAAACCAUAUUCUUGUGAGUAUUGUAAAACAACAUUUGCUCAUACUUCAAGUUUGAAAAAACAUUUGAGGAUUCAUACUGAAGAAGAACCAUACUCUUCUCAUUAGUGCUGGGCGAUGUUGCAGAUUUGAACAUUGCGAUACAUCGGAAGUGAAAUAUUGCGAUAUUCCAAUACAUUGCAAUGUUUUGGUAUAUUUUCUUUUACUUAAAUCAGGUGUGUCCUUGGCAGGUGAGGGAAAGGUCAUUGUUCAUGCUGCUCUAUUGAACUUUUUUAGAGGUGUUUCUUUUUUUUUUAUUCUUUGUAGUUUCGGUUGGGGGAGGGGGGAACCCUCCUGAAUAAAUAUAAAUUCAAGAUAUUGUCACUGAAAAUCAUUUCUCUAACACCAGUAACAAUUUAUUUCGUAUGUUUUUUUUUUUUUUUUUGGAGAAGUUGCCCCCCUCCACUUGUUCUCCCCUAAUUAUUAUGAAAUAACAGGUGUGUGAGAUGAUUAUCAACUGAACCUUAUGUUUUUGAUUGAAUGAAUCAAGUUUGAAUCUGUAACUGCAAAAAAAUUGAAAAUACAAUUAUUUUAAACAAUAAAAUAGUAUAGAUUGUUAAUUCACAUUAGCCUGAUGAAAU